AUGGAAGUCUCCGGUGAAUCAGUUAUGGCGGGAUUUAUUCCAGAAUAUUUUUACAACUUCCUGGAUGAAUUAGACGAACACCCUUGGCUGUUCUCAGCCCUCGCAUCAAUACUAGUGGGAUUAAGUGGAAUAUUGCCUUUGCUCAUCAUUCCGAUCGAUAAAACUGCCACUUUUAAGGACGGGGCCGGUGCGGCUACCCUGAGGAUUCUACUGAGCUUCGCCGUCGGUGGUCUACUUGGCGACGUGUUCCUCCAUCUCCUGCCCGAGGCGUGGCAGUACGACCUCGCGAAUACAAAAGAUGGAGAGCAUGUCUCCAUGAAAUGUGGCCUCUGGUGCCUCUUCGGGAUGCUGGUCUUCAUCGUGGUGGAGAAGCUGUUUGCCGUCGCCGAGGAUCACGAGGACUCGGAGGAAGAGGAGAAGAAGGAAGGCGCCAACGGCGCCAUCAAGCAGAUAGAGAUAGAGGAGAUAGAGAAGCUGCUGAUUGCCGAGAGGAAGAGCAGGGGAAUGGAGAAUGGCGGGCUUUGCGGCGGCAACGGAAAGGUGACGGCCCGACAGCUGUACGAUACCUGCGUGUUUAACAACAACACGAAAGGCGAAGGCAGUUGCUGCAACGCGGAUUCGAACCCGAACGGCGCGGUUCGCUGCAAGGGCAGCAACCGCUGGAUGGGCAGGUGCCUCCUCCGCGAGGCAAAGGAGAAGGCGAUGCAGGCGAGCAAGGAGAAGAGCGAGAGGAAAGAUGUGGCUGGCUAUCUGAAUCUGAUGGCCAACUCCAUCGACAACUUCACCCACGGCCUGGCAGUGGGUGGUUCCUUCCUGGUGGGGUUCCGCGUGGGCCUCCUCACCACAUUCGCCAUCUUGGAACUACUCCAUCGACACUUCAUUCAAACUUCACCCACUGCCUGGCAGUGGGUGGUUCCUUGCGCUGGUUGGGUUCCGCUGGGCCUCCUCACCACAUUCGUUGGCGUCGCCAUCUUGGAGGCGAAGACCUCCUGGAUCGCGCCUUUCACCGCGGGCGGCUUCCUUCACAUCGCGCUGGUGACCGUCCUGCCAGACCUCCUCAGGGAGGACGACAAGAGAGAGUCGGCCAAGCAUCUGGCAGCGCUGCUGGCCGGAAUAGGGGUCAUGGCCUUCAUGACAAAGUACUUCGGC